AUGAACUCAUUAUAUGAGUUGGAUCCUAAAUGGAAAAGACUGUUAACAACAAACAAUUUCUUGGGUGGAUUAACGGUCAAUGAGUUCGUUCAGGAGUUGAGCAAAGAUCAUCGUAAUGAUAUGUUGGCCGAUGCUAACACCAAGGGCCUUUCGAAUAACGAAAAAGACCAAGAUGCAAUUCGGGAGGCCAUUUGGAAACAAUUGGACCCCAAACCCUACAUUAGAACAUUUGAAUCCACAUUGAAGGAACUGAAAAACUUGAACGAGGAAACCCUAAAUAAAAGGCAACAUUACUCCGACCAAGUAGCUACCCAAGAAGUGAUACAUUCAGAAAACGUCAUAAAUCUAUCAAAGAAUUUACAUGCAACUCUACUCACUUUCGAAAAAUUGGAUGAUCGUUUAACAAAUGUUACCCAAGUUGUUUCGCCUCUAGGUGAUAAGUUGGAAACUGCAAUAAAGAAAAAGCAAAACUAUAUUCAAAGCGUGGAAUUGAUCCGUAGAUAUAACGACUUCUAUUCCAUGGGAAAAUCAGACAUUCUUGAACAAUUAAGAUUAUCCAAAAACAGGAAAUUGAAUUUAAAAUCUGUGAUUUUGAUGAAAAAUCUACUAAUUUUAUCAUCUAAACUAGAGACAAGUUCUAUACCGAAGACUAUAAAUACGAAUUUAAUCAUCGAAAAAUACUCUGAGAUGAUGGAAAAUGAAUUAUUAGAGAAUUUCAACUCAGCUUACAGAGAAAAUAACUUUACCAAAUUGAAUGAAAUCGCCAUCAUUCUUAAUAAUUUCAAUGGCGGUGUCAACGUUAUUCAAAAUUUUAUCAACCAACAUGAUUAUUUCAUAGACACAAAACAAAUCGACUUAGAAAACGAGUUUGAAAACGUCUUCAUAAAGAAUGUCAAAUUUAAAGAAAGUUUAAUAGAUUUUGAAAAUCAUAGCGUUAUUAUCGAGCCCUCAAUGCAAAAUUUAAUAAAUGAUGUGGAAAGUGUAAUAAAAAAUGAAUCGAAGAUUGUCAAAAGGGUCUUUGAAGAAAAGGCCACUCACGUGAUACAGUUAUUUAUUCAAAGAGUCUUCGCCCAGAAAAUUGAACCAAGAUUUGAAGUUUUAUUAAGAAAUUCUCUUUCCAUUUCAAAUUUGGCGUACGUUAGAAUUUUACACGGACUUUUCACAUUAUUUGGUAAAUUCACUAAAAGUUUAAUUGACUAUUUCCAACUAUUAGAAAUUGAUGACAGUAAUCGAGUUCUGUCAACCACCUUGGAGCAGUGCUUUUCUGAUUUAUUUUCUCAUUAUUUAUAUGAUAGGUCCAAAUAUUUUGGUAUUGAGAAAAGAUCACUGGAGACAAUUCUUGUGGAGAUGACAUCUAAAUUCACUGUAAAUUAUGAUAAAGAAACUAAUAAAAGGAUCCUAUUAGAAAAGUUCAGGGAAAAAUUAUCCACGAACGUAGAUGCAUUUAUGCAUACUCCUAGGGGCAAUGCACACUCUCGUCAAGAUUCAACGUCAAGGAGUAAACUGUCACAAUUCAACUCCUUUUUGAAAACUCAUUUAGAUAAAGAUCAUUUGAGUCUCAACCGCACAAACUCUUUAAAUGGCUCGUUAACAAAUAACUCUACGUCCACACAAUAUGACAUGGCGAACAACAAUUCGAAUUUAAUGAACCCAAACAGCAUAAUGGAUGAUAUUGAUAAUAAUCCAAAUGGUCCCAAAAAUUAUUCUUUGGAUGACGUAGAUUCUAUGCUGAAAUGCGUUGUGGAGUCUACUGCAAGAGUUAUGGAACUCAUUCCUAACAAGGCGCACCUAUACAUUUUAGAAAUAUUAAAAAUAAUGUUUUUGGGAAUUAUUGACUCAUACAUGGAAAUUGCAUUAGAAGUGGCCUACUGGAAAGUUUGUAAAAUGGACGCCAAUAAAGCGGUGGCAGUGGUGAAUUUGAAUUUUUUAAAGCUCAUUGCAAUGAGCACAGAGAUAUUGGAUUUGUUAUCAAUUUCAAUCAAGUCCAUCUUCUUGCCACUAUUGAAUAACUCACCAGAAAUAAAAGCUCAAAUUAUUGAAAUGACCAAUUCUCAAAUUCAAAAGAUGGAAAUGCUAAUCAAUAUAAUUCUACAAGAAACCAUUGCGGUGAUAUCUACGAAAUUUUCCACAAUUCUGUGUAAACAAAAUAAGAAAGAUUUUAUACCAAAAUCUCAAGAUUUGUUAGAUCAAGAUACUUUACCCGCCGUUGAAAUUGUCAAUGUUUUAAAUUUAACCUUCGAACAAUCUUCUAAAUUCCUCAAGGGUAAAAAUUUGCAAACGUUUUUAACUUUGGUCGGAGAAGAAUUAUAUAGCUUAUUACUAUCACAUUAUUCACAUUUCCAGGUCAAUUCCAUGGGUGGUGUCGUGGUUACAAAGGACAUCAUAGGUUGCCAAACAGCAAUUGAAGAAUGGGGGGUAGCGACUUUGAUAGACAAAUUUGCCACUUUAAGAGAACUGGCAAACUUAUUUACUGUUCAACCUGAAUUACUAGAAUCGUUGACCAAAGAAGGCCAUUUAGCAGAUAUUGGAAGGGAUAUUAUUCAAAGCUAUAUUUCCAACAGAGAGGACUUCAAUCAUGACAAGUUCAUCAACAGUGUUAAACUGAAUUUUAGAUAA